GCGUUUCGAGACCUAAACCGUUUAAUAGUCCGUCAACCGUUCAACGGUAAAGCGGUUCAACGAAGCGAGCGCGUAAAAUAGCAAACGUAUGAGAAGUGUAGUGAAUUCGAAAAAAAUAACAAAAACAAAUUGUGUAAAUACUUAUAUAGCAACGGUUGUAUGUUGUAAGUGACAGUGACAGCGGCUGGAGUGCGAGUCAAGUGCGAACGUUCAACGGUUGAAUUAAAAAAAAUUAAGCGCAGCUUUUGUUGUGACACAAACAAAGUCAGACAACACCAAAAAGCGACACGAAAAAUUCAUAAUUUCCAUACAAAAACGAUAAUAUUCCAGUUAAUUGGCGUGCAGUAGGAAAUUAUUGUUGCCCAAGCGUGAAAUAUGUAAGUGUUGCGAAUGGCUAAAGAAAAUGUGGUCAAAGAUGUAACAAAACGAAACUUGGCGAAUUUGUAAGCGAAUAAUUAAAUAUACAGUGUAAAAAUUUUGGACAAAGCAUAUUUUUUAAGAAAAACAAGCGCUUUGUACGGAGUGUGGGUUUUUGAACGAUAUAAAAAUACAAUAUUUAAUACUUCUGUAAACUUACAAAAAAUAUGAACAUAUGAAACACAUGUAAACUUAUAACAAAAUAUGGACAAGUGAAACACGUUAUUAUUUCGACAUUUGAGAAGCUAAAAAUCAUAGUUUGAAGCAAAACGAAAUAUCUUUAUUUUUAUAAAGUUCUUUUUGCAAGUUUUUGUAGCAAAAACACAUUUUUGAACUUAAAAAAAAAAACAUUUUUAUUGCCGUAAAUCACUAAUACUAGAAUUGCAAAACUUGCGGAUAUAAAAAAUGGCUUCAUUCACUCUUGCACACAUUUUUGCUGCAAUUUUUAUUUGCUACCUCUGCGGCACAAUACAACAAGCUCAUGCUGCCACAGAAUAUAACCGUUAUUUGGCGCAUAUUUUUCAAAAGUAUGGCACUGGUGGUACAAUUUCAUUCGAGGGUCUCGAGCAUUUGAUGUACAAUCUAGGCUUGGGACAAAUCGAAUUCGAGCCAGAGCAUACAAUUGACGAACAUCGUCCGAAGGGUUUUAAAAUAGAUAAUGCACAAUUGGCUGCUUAUUUUGAGCAGAAAAGUUAUAAAAUCGAACCCACCAACGAAGAUAUGCAAGUAUUAAUGCAAGACAAUUCUCAAGGGAAGGUGGCCGAUGAAUUGGACAUACUAAUUAAGGAGAAGGAAAAAGGCAUUUUAUUGGAGUUCAAAGAGAUGCACGAUCCAAAGCAUAGACAUCCGCGUGAUAGUGAUGCUUCUUUGGACGCUGCGCCAAUCUCAGCUAAUGUUUGCCUCUCGCCAAAGUCCAUGCUACGUCUAGUCGUCGACCAUAAUGAUCUACACAAACGCAAACUCUACAAGACUUACACUUCGGAUGAUGUCACGAAAGCGCACAACUCCGAGGAUGAAUACAAUGAGUUCAUCAAUGAUGUACAGUUAACACCGGUGGCGUUCAUGAAACUCUGUCCAGCGUUGUUGGCGCAAAUUGAUCAGCAUGUCUGCAUGCGACCAGCGCCACUCACUAACGGCGUGGAUCCCAAGCAGGCGCUGUGGAAUGCUUGGAUAUAUGCCAGCGUUUCGAUAUUCAUACUCUCCGCUUGCGGACUGCUAGGCAUUUUGCUGGUGCCGCUCAUGAAAACCGUCGCGUAUCAAGAGAUUUUGAAAUUCCUCGUUGCCGUCGCCAUCGGUACGCUAGCCGGUGAUGCAUUAAUGCAUUUACUGCCACAUGCGCUGGUGCCCGAUCAUGAUGAUCACGAUGAGCAUGCGGUAGAAACCGCUGAGUCGGCGCAUGAUACACAUGAAGCAGUUUGGAUCUGCGCCUGUGCUUUCUUCACUUGUAUCUUCAUGUACGUUUUGGAGCAUAUAUUACCGUUAUUGAGAGGUGACAGCGCCGGCGGACAUGGACACGCGCAUGGACAUGGUCACUCACAUGGCGGUCACGCGCAUAAGCACGAACAAACGCAUGCGCACCACACAGAGCACGGGCAUCACGCAGAGUAUGCGCACCAAGGAGAGCAAGCGACGACAGAGAAACCAACUGACAAUGCGCUCAACGCCAACAUUGUAGCGUCGAUCAACAACGAUGCGAAAGAGAUCAAUAUCAUGUUGAAUGAAACGAAAAAGGAUGCGAAAACGCCGAAUCGUCCACUCACGCCCGUAGCCUUCAUGGUCGUCAUCGGCGAUGGCCUGCACAAUCUCACCGAUGGCCUAGCCAUAGGCGCCGCUUUUGCCAGCGAUCCAGUAACGGGCAUGGCCACCGCCUUCGCCGUACUCUGCCACGAGCUGCCACAUGAAUUGGGUGAUUUCGCGCUUUUGCUACAGACGGGCGUUUCCUUGCGGCGCGCCGUCUACUUGAAUAUUGUCAGUUCGGUGUUGAGUUUUUUGGGCAUGGCUAUCGGUUUGUUUAUAGCCGGCGCGCACGGCAAUAUGACACAAUGGAUUUACGCCUGCACAGCCGGUUCGUUUCUCUAUAUUGCGCUCGCGGAUCUGGUGCCGGCGAUGAGCGAAGUUGAAGCGCAUGCGCAUGAUGCGAAGAGCAAACUGAAGGGUACAUUAAUACAGAUAUUUGGCAUGCUGUUGGGUGGUUUUAUUAUGUUGGCCAUCGCUGUGAAUGAGCAUGCGCUAUCGACGCUUUUUAAAUGAAAAAGCAACAACAACAAAAUGCAAGCGGCAAUAAUUGGUAAUGCGCUUCUCAGUUCUGUAAAUUGAGUGCGCAAAUGUGAGUUAUGAAAAAAACGCAUUCCUACACUACAUUUUAGAAUUUUUUUUAUUACAAUAAUUAUGUAUAAGUUUGUAUGUUUUAUGGUUUUUAAGUUUAAAAGUAUUAUUAAAUGUAUUGUAGGUAUACAAAUUAAGUGUUAUAAACGAUUUAUAAAUUACAAUAAAAUUUUAAAUAAAUUAAAAAUCUCGAUUAAAUAAAA